UGGUUCCCAGCUUCUAUUGUAAACAUAGUCUGGUUCCCAGCUUCUAUUGUAAACAAAUAGAAGUCUGGCAUUGACGAAACAAUGGUCGACGCGAUGAUAGCUGAUAUAAGUAGCCAGUCAAUCACAGAUGCUUUGCAGAACUACUCUACAGAGUUCAAUUGCAAAAUAACAGAAAUUAAACCGCUACAGCUGCAAGCAAUACAAACAUUAUUAUCUAAAAAAGACUGCAUCUGUGCACUUCCAACUGGUUAUGGAAAAUCGUUUAUAUAUGAAAUUCUGCCGUUUUUUGUUCCAAAGUGUCUUGUUAUUGUUAUUGUGCCUUUAAAACGCUAUAAUUGAACAGCAAACGGUGAAACUCAGUGGACAAUCAUUUUCCUUGUCAAUGAAUAUAGACACUAUUGACUUAUCAAAUACCAAAUAUUUUUUCUUUCACCCAGAAACUGUUUUAAAACUCUCCUGAAAUAAACAAACUUUUUCGCUCAUCUCAAUUUCAAGAGUAUGACAAGUUUCUUGUAAUAGAUGAGGCUCAUUGUGUCAUUGAAUGGGGCAAAGAAUUCAGGAAGGACUUUAAAAGAACAUACCAAUUGAAGUCUCUUGUAAGUUGCCCAAUUCUUGCAUUGUCAGCAACAAUAACUAGAGCCGGGCAAAAAGAAAUAGCUAAAUGUCUUCAUAUGACAAACUUUGAAGUUGUAUGUGCUAGCCCUGCAAAAGACAAUAUUAAAAUGAUUGUCAAGAAUCGUCCGAGUCCAAACUCGAAGGGAAAUACAUCCUUGACGCCAUACGAUUAUAUAUUUGUACCAGUUUUACAACAACUUAAGAGUGAACUUGAUAACUUUGGGAUAACCAUAAUAUAUUGCAAGACUAUGAACUGGAUAGGUUAUGGAUAUGAAUUAGCAAAGGCAGUACUUGGUGAUGAAUUCUACUCAGGAGCGCCAUCAGAGAAAACAACUAGAGUUGUUAUGUAUCAUUCAUCUAUGGAGGGCCCAGAUGGAAAGCUGAAGAAACAUAUUGUCCAGACCCUACAGGAGGAAGAGUCAGCCAUAAGGCUGAUUUUUGCAUCUGUGGCUCUAGGCAUGGGCGCAGAUUUGAGACAUGUGAAACGUGUGAUUCAUGCUGGUCCUCCUACAUCUUUAGAAAGUAAGUUACGGCAUUGUAAAGACUUCUAUUUUAAACAAGCAAGUUGUACUGAUACCAUUCUGGUCAAACACUGGAUUUAUAGGCCUCCGUAACACAGAAAGUUCUAGAAACUCCCAGAUAUAUGAGAAUGUACAGGUACUAAAGGCAUUUUACUCAUGUAUUGAGAAUUAAAAGCUAUUGUUCAUUUUACUUCUUACUUGUCUUUGGCUAAUACAAAUUAACCGCAGUACUAGAACCGUAUUCUUG